AUGACAGGACUAGACGUGGACCGGAAUCACUCCCGCAGGCCAGUGGCUUCGGCUGCAGGGCUGGCGGCGUCUGGCGUGCGUCGACGACGUUGCUCUAGGAGCAGCUGGCGCGUGUCGUCCGCUUCCGCGCAUCCUGUCCAGCUGCUGCGCAAGCCCUUGGACUCCAUACUCGAUCCUAUAUCCCUCCCGGCCCAGGCCCACCGACUCACGCCCGCCCGACUGCGAGCGCCCGUCACCGUCACCUCCAAUUCCCCAUAUAUACUACAUACAUGGACUGCUCCCGCGCCUCACCCCCUCCCAUCGCUUCCAGCGCUUCACUACUCACCUCCCCUCUACUACUCCUCUCUGGCCCUCACGCCCUGUUCCUGCAGCCCUGAUAUCGCCCUUCCCCCAACAGAGCCUGGUCACCUGCCCCACCCUGCUCCAACUUGCAACUGCCCUACUAGGAAAUCUAGAGUCGCUCGCCUCAUUUGCAUUGCCUGCAUCCCGUUGUCACUCCAACUAGUGCUCCAACAUCCUACAUACUACUCUCACCUCCACUCCAUCCUUUCACCCACCCACCCAUCCAUCCUUCCAUCCAUCCUCAGCUCGACAUUGUCUCUGGGUUGUCUACACGGCGACCCAAUCCGUCCUGUCGUCACGCUGGCUACCCAAACUCUUCCCGCUAUUGAGGCCCCUCAUCCUCUCUUCCCCCGCCGCUUCCAGUCCUCGUUGACUCCCCCAUAUACCAACGACCUCAAGUCAGAACGCUCAUGGUUGCCGCGGGGUGGCCAAGGGGGCUGUGACGACGUUUAUACUACGUCGAGUCUACCCACUGAAGCAUCAAGGACCCAGCAAACAACCACCCCGCACAUGUCGCCCGUCCAGUCAUAUCCAUCAAUGCAUCCUCCAUAUAGGAGCCCACGGGAGCCUCCAGCGAAUCCUCCCGUCUCACUCCCGCCCCUGCGUCAGUUUUCCAUGACACCACCCACUUCCUCUGGCAGGAAUGGCAGUUCCCUUGGCGUUCACUCUAUCCUCAACCCUCAAGCCGAAGUGGCUGAGCAGCAGCAACAAAGCUCAAGACGUAGCCUUUCUCGCUUGGAAUCGUCAUCUCCGGUCGACACGCACCACUCGCAGAGUCUGCCCUCCAUUAGCCGACCAAAUAGUGUCGACUCAGUAUUGUCUACCCGGGAAGAGCAAAACCUCCCUAGGCUAUUCCAGCCCCCAGGACGACCUCCUAUGCGGCCCUCGUUGCAUGACAAAGGCAUCAAGAAUCACACCAUUAGCAGACUCAAUCCCCCUACGGGCACAAUAGAUGCCCACCAAUCACCUUUCUUGACGGCAAGCACACGCCCAUCUGAGGUGGUGACGCCGCAGCACUCGGCUCUACCUACACCACCUGCCGCAGGUCGAACCCACUAUUUUCCACCCACAGCUCCAACCCCACCCCCGAACAUGGGUCGGGCAGAUGUACAUCGACCCAAUGUAAACUUUCCUCAGUCAGGCAGUGCAAGCCCCAUUGCCCAGUACUCCCCAUAUAGCCAGCCAGCUUCAGUGGCGUCUACCCAAUACGACAACCACAGCACCCAGGGACAAUAUGGUCCUGGAAGCAUUAUGAUGCACGAUGCCCGCCAAGGGCCCUCCUCGAUUGAUGGCGACCGUACUAGCAUGAUUGCCAUGGCGCCUUCGAGCCAGAGCAGCAUCCAGCUCAUGACCAUCAAGAGUCAGCACGGGCCACCUCGCCAAAUCCCCGUAGAAACACAGACUGCGUCCAAGGGCGCCGACGAAAAGAGAAGGCGCAAUGCCGGUGCGUCUGCUCGCUUCCGAGCCCGACGAAAAGAGAAGGAACGAGAGGCUUCGAUGAGCAUCUCAAGGCUGGAGCAAAGCGUGCGUGACGCCAACGAGGAUGCAGCCUUUUACCGUGAAGAGCGAGAUUACUGGAGGUCAUUGGCAUUGCAGUCGCAUCCUGAGAGGAACCAUGCCCGACCUCAGUCACCUCGGCUGAGACGCGCAUCAGUCGAUCCGUCGCGAGCACCGUCUUGCACGACCGGACAUGGCUCCGAGGCGUCUUUUGACGGAUACGAGGACGAGUCCCGAGAGGAGGAACAGCGCAACGUGCGAAGGAGGACCAACAGCUACCACCCGGCACUGGGCUCUCACCAAAUUGACGGACCUUCGCCCAGCCAUGACAGUCGGGCGUAUCCGCUAGCGGGAUAUGGGCCGACGACUCACGCAUCUGGGGCGAAUGCUCAGGUGCACGCAUCGCCUCAAGGGCAACCAGGUCAGGCGGCAGGUCUUCAGCGCCCGUCGCCAGAACGGCCGCUGUACCGGGAUUCGUUUGGCGCAGAGGCGGGUCGAUAUGAGCAUCGCGCGUGGGCGUCUGAACAGACCAAGGGACGGGCGCAGUAAUCAAACAGGGCGAAUAGCAGGCGGCUGUUUGUUGUUGCAUGGGUGGUUGUUUCAUGCUUGUGGAAUUUUGCAAGCGUUAAUCUGCGUUAUACCCAUUGGUCUUCUCACCACCAUGUUUUGUUUUGUUUUUGAAAUAUUUUCUCAUACUUGUUGCAUUAUGAGACUAUUAGAAUAGUGCAUCUAGAUUAUCAGGCCUCCACAGGCAACGUUGGCAUCAUUAUUAUUAUCAUCAUCAUCAUCAUCAUCAUCAUCAUCAUCAUCAUCAUCAUCAUCAGUAGCAGAGAAGAAAGAAUUUUACAC